CGGAUAAAAAAAAGUGUCGACGAAACAAGAAUCAAGUUUAAUUGAUUAAAAACAUUUUGUCGACGAAUCAAGAUAAAAAAAGUGUCGACGAAACGAGCAAGAAAUUAGUGUCGACGAAACAAGAAUACCCCCUAUAAACAAAUUCAAUUUCAUCGACUUUUUUUAGUUAUAAUUAUAAAAUAAAAAUAAUGAAUUUUUUUUUCAUGUCAAUACAAUUGUUCUUCAAUUAUUAUCAUUUCAAUUAAAAGAUGUAUUAAAAUAAAAAACUAAACAUAAGUAAAUGUAUGUACACAUAUGAUAAAGUGCAUUUUAAAAAGAUAUUGCAUUAUCAUGUCAUUUUAGGUUUGGGUAUACCUAAUUGUUCAAGAUUUGAAAGUCUAUUACCAUCAGAAGAACUGUUACCUGUAGAUGAUGUCUCAUUAUUACCAUUAAACCAGAUUACGUCAAUUUUAUCAUAUUUUAUAAAUUAA